UAUCCGUAUUCGUUUCCGGCAUUUUAGCGUUUGUUUCUGUGCGGAACAUAUUAUUGGUAUACCCAUAUUAUUGUGUUCUGAAUGGAAACUCUUUGUAAACAUUACGAGGAGAUUUGAUUCUGUCAGGAGUGAUGGGUUCAACUUGGAAGGUUUUAUGUCCACCGUUCUGCGAAAAUGAUUGUACGCAAAAACACAACCAAAUGUUAAUUUCAUUAGUGAAUUGCCAGAAUGAUAAUCCUAGCGAUAUUUUGGAACUCGAAAAACACAUUAAUAUUCAUGAAAAGUCGGCCAGUGGCUGGGAGCGAAAUAAUGACAUACAAGAUAUGCAGCAAUCUUACAGGUUUCCCCUGUUGCACUGGGCAGCUGUUUUAGGAAAGCUGAUUGUAGUGGAAUGGCUUCUGAAGCACGGAUGUCGGCCAUGUUCACAGACCCGCGUCACCAGACACACGGCAUUGCACCGGAGCAUACAGAUGCUCGGUCAGGGCAUUCCCAGCUUCCGCAGCAAGAUAAACAAAGAGAACAUUCUGCAUCUUAUUGAGCUGUUACCGGAUUGUCUGAUAGUGAAGAAUGCGGAAGGAAAUCUUCCAAUACAUGAUACAGCUGUUAUCAUUGAGGAAAACAAUCAGAAGGGGCCUAUAAUGAAAGCCAUUAUGCAAAAGAUGAUGGAUGAAGCUAGCAAGUUGGGACCAGCGGCCAUCACUAGGAUGCUGAACACGCAGAACAUUAAGGGAGAGACAGCACUGCAUAUCCUCUGUCGUAAUGAUGAGAACUACACCAUCGUUAAACUACUGCUGGACUAUGGCACGCCAAACCUUGACCUUGAAAAUGAACGAGGGCAGGUGCUGCUCGAUGUUGCUAUUGACAAGGGUGCCAUGAAAGUCUGCAGCCUUCUCCAACAAUUAGCAAGGGAGUUGCUUCCUAUCCAAGAGAAGGUGGGUCGCAGACAACCUAUGUCAGAAGAAAGCAUGUCAUCUAUUGUGGAGCCACCUCACAAAAAAUCUCGUAAGAGCACAGGUACACCUGACUAUAGAUCCAUGGCAGGCAUACGUGGUGCAAAGAAAGGUAGCCAAGCUACCAUAGAGGCAAGCAGCACACCCACGCCAACCCUCGAUGAGACUGAUCCACAUUCACAAGCUAUGUCACGGCUAACCCCAGUCGUAACGUGUGUGCGUACCCACAAGACAGAAGCAUCUUCAUCUACAGCAGAACAGGUCGACUCGACACAUGAUGAUGCCACUGCGAAAACUCCCCUUUCAGUUAUUGUGCCAGCUAAAGAGAAAUCAGAACCAAGGCUAGGACGUCAAACACUUUUAUGCCGUGAACCUGUCCAAGAGGUUUCUUCAACAAAGCGGCAACAAACUGCUAAAAAGCAGUUCGGCUCUGCAUUUCGAAAAGUUUCUGGUGAGGGGCCAUCAGUGACAUCUACUGGGGAAGAAAUGAAGCUUUGCAAUGAUAGGGAAUGUGAUGAAGAGGAAGAAGAUGGUGUCACAAUGGACCAGGACGACAAUGGUGAUCUUGACAAUGAUAGUGGCGAUGAUGAUGAUAUUGCAUCAAAAGCAUCCUUAGGAACAGCCUCAGCCCUGACCGCUUACAUUAAACUGAAAAAUCAUAGCUUUUCUGUAUUACUGGAUGAAGAUCGCAAGGCUUACCUGGCAGGAUUGGCUGACAAUAAUGAGAAGUUUAAAGUUGUGCAGCGUAAUAAGAACGAGAUGGAACUAGCCCUGAAAAAGAAGAAGGAGCGCAUUGAGGAGCUGUUACGAGAGCUGAGACCCCUACAGGAGGAGUGCAAGCACUUGGAGGAACAGAAGAAGAAGAUUGGUGGGCAGAUGGAAGAAAUGGUUGAACUACAUGCAACCUACAAGGCGAGAUUAGAUGCAUGCAAUGCAGCUAUUGCCGAACUUCACAGCAUCUCGUCUGGUGCUAUGGUAUGACCAGUGGAUGCAUUUCAUCCUGUCCCUUUGUAUGGCAAGCAGAUCUAUCUCUCCUGAAUCCAAUGUCUGAGCAGUACCAUCGUUGGUUCACUGACUCCAUAUCUUUUAUCAAUGCUAUGUAGCCAUUGGCUUUUAUCUCUCUAUGCUAAUGUGUGGCUAGUCACUUGAUUCGUGGCGAUUGAUGAGCUUAAAUGGCGAUUUUAAAUUAAUUUGUCUUCUUUUUAGUAUAAUAGAAUAGGUUUUGCUAUUUUUUGUACUCAUGUUAAAAACUAUAUAGUAGCAGAAAGUAAUACAUUAUGCUUAUUGAGAGCAGUUGCAUUCCUCAACACUCUUCGUUGCUUUAUGUAGUUGUUCAAUACCAAAGAUAUCAAUUUUGUAAAAAAUUGAGUGGUCAACUGAUUGAUGUCAACUAGUCUAGUUGAAAGAUUAGAACAUGUUAUUAUUUCUCAACUUUUGGUCUACAAAUUGAUUAACUUGCAUGCAGCCACUCAGAGAAUAGCAAUGAGGGGAUGUACGUGUCCUUCCACCCAGGGGGAGAUUAUUUGCAUGCGCGUUUAUGCUAUUAUACAUGCUAUGCUAUGCUAUUAUUACCUCCGCGCAAACGGAGGUCAUGCAAUCGCUCUCGUGUGUGUGUGUGUCCAGUC